AUGAGUCAGAGCAGGCAGAAAAGUGCGAUUCCUGAUGCUGGUCGAGUGCUGUUCGAGGACACAGUCAAGAUCGUAGGAAAGGCGAAGGAAGUUUGGCAGACAAUCCGAUGCUGCGACGAGCUGAUGCGACGAGCUGAUGCGACGAUAGACCGAACUGGAGGGGAAGAGAAUAGCGCCGCCCUGAUCGAAGGAGAGCUGUGGAACGGAAGCUGA